CGUGGCGCGCGCGCCCCGCACCCGAGGGCUGCGGAGAGAUAUUUUGGGUGGCAGGAGGCCCCUCGUCAUUUCCGCCGGGCGGCUGGUCGUGCCGGGGGCUUCACUCCCGCGCACGAGGCGAACGGGCAAGUUGGCUGCGGACGUGCGGCGGCGGCUCAUUCCUUUAGCGCUGCGACCCUCGGCAGUGCAAGCCAUGAACUGAAGCCCGGGAGGGACGGAGACCCGAGCGGAGUGGCAGAGCCACGGCAGCAGCGGCAGCCUCAGCGGGGAGCCAGCAGAGCCGGCGCGGAGACGCGACCCCGGCGCCUUUCCCUCCCCGUCGCCGCUCCCACCGCUGCUUGCCCGCCGUUUGUUAAGAGACCUUGCCACCAGGAGACUCGACACACAAAAGCCGCCUUCUCCGCGCCGCCCUCCCAGCGAGGCAGCGGCCAGCGAGGGACCCCACCUGGGGGCGGCUAGGGCUGCUGAGUUCGUUUUGUGUCCGAGCUCCGCGCCCCGCGCCCCGCGCGGACCCGACUCCGUGCCCAUGGCUCUGAUCAUGGAACCGGUGAGCAAAUGGUCUCCGAGUCAAGUAGUGGACUGGAUGAAAGGUCUAGAUGACUGUUUGCAGCAGUAUAUUAAGAACUUCGAGAGGGAGAAGAUCAGUGGGGACCAGCUGCUGCGCAUUACGCAUCAAGAGCUAGAAGAUCUGGGGGUCAGUCGCAUCGGCCACCAGGAACUGAUCUUGGAAGCAGUUGACCUGCUGUGUGCCCUGAAUUAUGGCUUGGAAACAGAAAAUCUAAAAACGCUUUCUCACAAGUUGAAUGCAUCUGCCAAAAAUCUACAGAAUUUUAUAACAGGAAGAAGAAGGAGUGGCCAUUAUGAUGGGAGAACCAGCCGAAAAUUGCCAAAUGACUUUCUGACUUCAGUUGUGGAUCUGAUUGGAGCAGCCAAGAGUCUGCUUGCCUGGUUGGACAGGUCGCCAUUUGCUGCUGUCACAGACUAUUCAGUGACAAGGAAUAAUGUCAUACAGCUCUGCUUGGAAUUAACAACAAUCGUGCAACAGGAUUGUACCGUAUAUGAAACAGAGAAUAAAAUUCUUCACGUGUGUAAAACUCUUUCUGGGGUCUGUGACCACAUUAUAUCCCUGUCAUCAGAUCCUCUGGUUUCCCAGUCAGCCCACCUUGAAGUAAUUCAGCUGGCAAACAUCAAACCAAGUGAAGGGCUGGGUAUGUAUAUUAAAUCAACAUAUGAUGGCCUCCAUGUAAUUACUGGAACUACAGAAAAUUCACCUGCAGAUCGGUGCAAGAAAAUCCAUGCUGGGGAUGAAGUGAUUCAAGUUAAUCAUCAGACUGUGGUGGGGUGGCAGUUGAAAAAUUUGGUGAAUGCACUACGAGAGGACCCGAGUGGUGUUAUCUUAACUUUGAAAAAGCGACCUCAGAGCAUGCUUACCUCAGCACCAGCUUUACUGAAAAAUAUGAGAUGGAAGCCCCUUGCUCUGCAGCCUCUUAUACCUAGAAGUCCCACAAGCAGCGUUGCCACGCCUUCCAGCACCAUCAGCACACCCACCAAAAGAGACAGUUCUGCCCUCCAGGAUCUCUACAUUCCCCCUCCUCCUGCUGAGCCAUAUAUUCCCAGAGAUGAAAAGGGAAACCUUCCUUGUGAAGACCUCAGAGGACAUAUGGUGGGCAAGCCAGUGCAUAAGGGAUCUGAAUCACCGAAUUCAUUUCUGGAUCAGGAAUAUCGCAAAAGAUUUAAUAUUGUCGAGGAAGAUACUGUCUUGUAUUGUUAUGAAUAUGAAAAAGGAAGAUCAAGUAGUCAAGGAAGACGAGAAAGCACCCCAACUUAUGAUACUUCAGUGGAGAUUCCCUGGCACGACUUGAAGGUUGUUCCAGGCAAGCUACGACCUAUAUCUAUGCCAGUGGAAUAUAAUUGGGUGGGGGACUAUGAAGAUCCAAAUAAGAUGAAGAGAGAUAGUAGAAGAGAAAACUCUCUACUCCGCUAUAUGAGCAAUGAAAAAAUUGCUCAAGAAGAAUACAUGUUUCAGAGAAACAGCAAGAAAGACACAGGGAAGAAGUCUAAAAAGAAGGGGGAUAAGAGUAGUAGCCCGACUCACUAUUCGUUGCUACCUAGUUUGCAAAUGGAUGCACUAAGACAAGACAUCAUGGGCACGCCUGUGCCAGAGACCACACUGUACCAUACGUUUCAGCAGUCUUCUCUGCAGCACAAAUCAAAGAAGAAAAACAAAGGUCCUAUAGCUGGCAAGAGCAAAAGGCGAAUUUCUUGCAAAGAUCUUGGCCGUGGUGAUUGUGAGGGCUGGCUUUGGAAAAAGAAAGAUGCAAAGAGUUAUUUUUCACAGAAAUGGAAGAAAUACUGGUUUGUCCUAAAGGAUGCAUCCCUGUAUUGGUAUAUUAACGAGGAGGAUGAAAAAGCAGAAGGAUUCAUCAGUCUGCCUGAAUUCAAAAUUGAUAGAGCCAGCGAAUGCCGCAAGAAAUACGCAUUCAAAGCCUGUCAUCCUAAAAUCAAAAGCUUUUAUUUUGCUGCUGAGCAUCUUGAUGAUAUGAACAGGUGGCUUAACAGAAUUAACAUGCUGACUGCAGGAUAUGCAGAAAGAGAGAGGAUUAAGCAAGAACAAGAUUAUUGGAGUGAGAGUGACAAGGAAGAAGCAGAUACUCCAUCAACACCCAAACAGGACAGCCCUCCACCCCCCUACGAUACAUACCCACGGCCUCCCUCCAUGAGUUGUGCCAGUCCUUACGUGGAAGCAAAACACAGCCGGCUCUCCUCAACAGAGACCUCUCAGUCGCAGUCCUCCCACGAGGAGUUCCGCCAGGAAGUAACUGGGAGCAUUGUGGUGUCCCCCAUUCGUAAGACAGCCAGUCAGCGCCGCUCCUGGCAGGAUUUAAUCGAGACGCCCCUGACCAGCUCAGGAUUACAUUAUCUUCAGACUCUGCCCCUGGAGGAUUCUGUCUUCUCUGACUCCGCGGCCAUCUCCCCAGAGCACAGGCGGCAGUCCACCCUUCCAACCCAGAAGUGCCACCUCCAGGAUCACUAUGGGCCGUAUCCCUUAGCCGAGAGCGAGAGGAUGCAAGUGUUAAACGGCAAUGGGGGCAAGCCUCGAAGUUUUACUCUGCCUCGAGAUAGCGGGUUCAACCACUGCUGUCUGAAUGCGCCGGUUAGUGCCUGUGACCCGCAGGAUGACGUGCAGCCCACAGAGGUGGAGGAAGAGGAGGAGGAGGAGGAGGAGGAGGAAGGGGAGGCAGCAGGGGAAAACAUAGGAGACAAAAGUGAAAGUAGGGAAGAAAAGUUAGGAGACUCUUUGCAAGAUUUAUACAGGGCAUUGGAGCAAGCCAGUCUGUCACCACUGGGAGAACACCGCAUAUCAACCAAGAUGGAAUACAAGCUCUCAUUUAUAAAGAGAUGUAAUGAUCCUGUGAUGAAUGAAAAACUACACAGGCUGAGAAUUCUCAAAAGCACUUUAAAGGCCAGAGAAGGGGAAGUAGCCAUUAUUGAUAAAGUCCUGGACAAUCCAGACUUGACAUCGAAAGAAUUCCAACAAUGGAAGCAGAUGUACCUUGAUCUUUUCCUGGAUAUCUGUCAAAACACCACCUCAAAUGACCCAAUAAGUAUUUCUUCUGAAGUAGAUGUAAUCACUUCCUCUCUAACACACACUCAUUCAUACAUUGAAACGCAUGUGUAAGUGUUUUCUGCCCGCCGGCCGUCUGGUACCUUCUGGUACUUUGAGCAAGUAUAUAAGGUAGUUUUUAUAUCAAUGUGUGGGACACUUGACAAGCUAUACUUUAAUGUUACCAAACUAUAUGAAACAAAACCUAUAUGGUCAUAAUACCACUGUCUUUAAUGAGCAUUUGUAUAUUUUAUAUGCAGUUAGUGCUCAGCUUAUGUUUACCAUGUGCAAAAUCAACUAUCUUCAAUGACUUAAAAUUAACUUUUGCAAACAACUCUGAAGACAGGUGGUCUUCAAGGAGAAAAACCACAAAAAGGCAGUUUUCUAUCUAAGGUCAUCUUUUCUCCCUUUAAGUUAAUUUUAUAUAAACAAGACUUCAAAAUUAAAUCACAUUUUUUCAGGUGCAGAUAUCCUUGCGGGUGGGAAAGAAUUUAAACCUUUUUUAUAUUUAUUAAAAUGUUCUAAGAAUUUUCUUAAACAUUGCACAAAGUUUAAUGCUGUAGUUUUAUUUUUGUGAAAUGUAGAUGCGCAUACAAGAGUUAAGCAAAAUAGAAGAGCAUCAACAUAAGAAAAGUUCAGGUAUCUAAUAUUCGUCUUAAUAGUCUAUUAACUUGUGAAAGCUGGUUAAUGGAAAUACUAUUCCAAAUCCAUGAGGACACUUAAUGGUGUAUCAGGGCAAAGCUUUGUAAGAUGUUUUUGUAACUGAGACCAAAAUUGAAGAUAGAGCUGCUUUAUUUUCUUGGUUUAAAUCUUCCUUUAUUUUUGUAGUGAUGAAAUGCUGAUUGUGUACAGAGGAAUUUGAGAGUGGAUUUUUUAAAACACACAACUCACCCAGAAAGGCAGCUAACACACACACACACACACACACACACACACACAUAUAUAUAUAUAUAUACACACAUAUAUAUAUAUAUAUUUCAGCCCAGCUCAUGUUUUUAAACUUCAGCUUCUAAAAAACUACAAGAUAUAAACCGAAAUAUAUCAACUUCCCAGUUAGUUUCCAAUUUUCCCCCAGUCCAUUAAUUAAAUUUACAUAAUUAAACUUCAGGCAGGGAAGUAGAAUAUAUUUAGUUACAGGCUGAGGUGUGUUCUAAUAUAGAAAACAAUGUUAAGAAAGGAAAAUGUACCUCUCUCCUGAGGAGCAAAAGGAUGAUGGUCAUUCAGAGAUACAUUGCAUUGAAUUACAUGAUAGAAACAAUUUUUAGAGGUUUUUCCUAGCUCCAUGAUUUGUUCUCUAGAGUGGAUCAAGUCUAUGAAAAAAAAUCCUCUUCAUAUAUUUCCAUUUAUAAGCAUCUCAUUUUUGAAAGUGAUCACAGCAUGAUGAUAACUGUGCUGCUUUUUAGUGUCUGGCUGCAUAACGUACAAGUCACAAUUUGCUGUUUUGUUUUGUUUUUUAAGGAGGAGGAAGAGACCCUCCUUUACUAUUCUAUAUCCUAAAACCUACUUCUAAUCAGCUUUAUACUGUUGCCUGUACAGCUCAGUGAAUGUACUUUCAUCUCUAAGAGUUCAGAUAUCUGCCAGUGAAUAUUUUUGCUGUAGAGGAGAAAGUAAAAACUCCACAGCGGGGAUCUUUUUCUUUGGUUUUGAAACCACCAUUGAAUCACUAUCGUUUUGCAGACUUUGCACAACUGUACAGGAGAGUGGCCUUUCUACAGCACAUUUUCAGUAACCCUAUAUUUAGUCAAAAUGGAUGAGAAAUCAUGUAUUAAUGUUUGUAUGAAAUUUGGGGUCCAGUGUAAUAUUUUUAUCAUUUAAAAAAAAAACCUAUUUGUAAAAACAUUUAUUUACUGCAUGGAUAUUGAUGCACAUUAAAUUUGUGGGAUUUUGUAUAUGUAAACAAAAACAUAAAGCAAAAAAAAAAACACAAAAAAAAACAAAAACAAAAACCUUUUGUCCUAAAAUGAAGUGUGCUUGUUCCAGGUGUUUAGAUUUGUUGAUGUUUACUAGACCAAAUGUGUACAUUUACUUAAAAAUACCAGUACCUGAUGGAUGUGUUGUGGAUACAGUGGCCAGGUUAUGCCCUGUAAACAGCAAGCAGUUGAUGGCAAGACUAGCUGUGUUGUUACUAAGUGGCUUUUACUUUUGUAAAGUUGGCUCUGUUGUUUUAAAUGGUAAAAAUUAAACUAAUGAAUUUUAAAAGA